GAAGCGGGAGCCGGUCUGACGGGGCGGAGCCGCCGGAGCCGGAGCCACAGGCCCCGCGCCAUGGACUCCCGGCCCCUGUUCCAGGCCCUGCACGUGGUGGCCGAGGACAACGUGGCCUUCUUCCGGCAGAGCGCCUCGGAGACGGGGCGCCGGUUCGUGGCGGCCUUCACGGCCAUCGGGGAGCACGCCCACCGCCUGGAGCCGAUUCUGCGCCACUUCGCCAGCGUCUACCACGUCUUCGACCUGGACGAGGCCACGCCGGCCAACGGGUACCGAAGCCUGGCGCAGACGACGCGCUGCUGCCUGGCCCACGUCCUGCACAAGAGCCGCUACGUGGCCGCCAACCGCCGCAGCAUCUUCUUCCGCACGGGCCACAACGCGGCCGAGCUGGAGGCCUAUUGCGCCGCCCUGAGCCAGCUGCGGGCCCUGCUGUACCUGGCGCAGCGCCUGCUGACCCACAACCGCCCCGGCUGCCUCUUCCACCACGAGGAGCGUGGCCUGACCGAGUUGGUGCUGCGGGAGUACGGCACCCUGCACAAGGGCUGCUUCUACGGGCGCUGCCUGGGCUUCCAGUUUGCCCCCUCCAUUCGGCCCUUCCUCCAGACCAUCGCCAUCAGCCUGGUCUCCUUCGGAGAGAACUACAGACGCCACGACUCCGGCCUCAGCAUGGCAGCCGGCUCGCUGUUCACGUCGGGGAAGUUCGCCAUCGACCCGGAGCUGCGGGGAGCCGAGUUCGAGAGGAUCACGCAGAACCUCGACGUGCAUUUCUGGAAGAGCUUCUGGAACCUGACGGAGACCGAGCUGCUGGCGUCCGUGGCCAGCAUGGCGUCCACGCCAGUGCGGGUGAUCCGGGCGCUGACGGUGCCCCCCGAGCCCUUCGAGCUGCCGCUGGCUGCCGACCCCUCACUGAGCAUCACCAUCAGCCCCCCUGUGGCGCACACUGGCCCUGGGCCCGUCCACAUGCGCCUCAUCUCCCACGAGCUGCGUGAGGGGCAGGACAGCGAGGCACUCUCCGCGCUGGCCCCGGCCGAGGGCACACUGGGGCUGGAGCUGUGGCGCAAGGCGGCGCCCGCGCCCCCCUCACCCCUCCUGCUGGUUCACUUCCACGGCGGCGGGUUCGUGGCGCAGACGUCGAAGUCGCACGAGCCGUACCUGCGGGGCUGGGCGCAGGAGCUCGGCGCCCCUGUGCUCUCCGUCGACUACGCCCUGGCGCCCGAGGCCCCCUUCCCCCGCGCCCUGGAGGAGUGUUUCUACGCCUACUGCUGGGCCCUGCGCCACUGCCGCCUGCUUGGCUCCACGGCGCAGCGGGUCUGCCUGGCCGGGGACAGCGCCGGUGGGAACCUCUGCCUCACCGUGACCAUGCGGGCAGCCGCCUUCGGCAUCCAGCUGCCCGACGGCAUCAUGGCGGCCUAUCCCGUCACCCUAGUGCGGGCCGCGGCCUCGCCCUCCCGCCUGCUUACCCUGCUCGACCCCCUGCUGCCCCUCAGCGUGCUCUGCAAGUGCCUCAGCGCCUACGCCGGCACGGAGCCGGCAGAGGGGGAGCCCCCCGGGCUGGAGAAGCUGGGCCCGGUGAACAUGGUGCGGCGGGACACGGCGCUGCUGUUGCAGGAGCUGCGGCAGAGCGCCUCGGCCUGGCUGGGGGCGCUGCUGGACAGUCCGGGGCGCAGCAACGGGGCUGGCGCAGAGGCCAUGCGGACGAGCGUCUCGGAGGCAGCGCUGGACGACUCAGCUGUCAAAUCCAGGGGCUCCCGCAAGAGCCAGACCUGCCAGGAUCUAUCAUGCGGGGUGUCAGCCCCCCUGGCCCCUGCACCUGCCCCCCCUCCUCAGGGCAGCCCCCCCAGCUUCUUCCUGAGUGGGGGGCAGCUGGAGGAGGAGGCCCCCGGGGACGAGGGGCUGCAGUAUCCCGACGGCUUUGAGCCGCUGCGCUCGGACCAGCCCUCUGCCAGCAUCACCCUGGAGGCAUCGCCCGUGGUCAAGAACCCCUUCAUGUCGCCCCUGCUGGCCCCGGAUAGCAUGUUGCGAGGGCUGCCGCCGGUCCAUAUCGUGCAGUGA